CAAAAGUGAAAGUAGAUGUGGCAAAUUUUUCUACGGUUUUCUGGAAUGUUCGCCUGUAUUCCUUCAAAUGUUCAAUAUGUUAUGGUUAAUUUAACUUCAAUCUAAGUGCAAAAUAUACUUUUUAUUUCGAAUGGGCCGAUGAAAAAAGCCUAGCCCCAAAGACCUUCUGUAGACUUAUUUAACGCGGAGUUUUUCCUCUACUUGAUAUUUGCAUCUCCCUGUUCCAGUGAUAUGAAGAGUUAUUCGUCAGGCUCACUGGGAAUUAUUUUGAUUUCUCUACUACUGGAAACAGAGACAUCUCAUGUUGUUUCGCCUGAUCCCGUUGUUGCUGUUGCUGAUGAUGAUGUCAUUCUACCAUGUUCCCUGUUGAAUUUCACCAAGAGUGCUGGCUUGAUAGUGAAAUGGUCGAGAUCCAACCUGAAAGACCCAACUGGGAAAGACAAGGUUGUCCAUUUUUACCGUGACGCUCGUGACUCCAAUGUGGAUCAGGAUGAAUCCUACAGGGGAAGGACGUCACUGUUUAAAGAACUGAAGAAUGGCAACGUCUCCUUAAAACUGUCCCGAGUGAAACUCUCUGAUGAAGGCAACUACAUGUGUUACAUUCUAGUUCCGGAACCGAACAGUCUAGUUCAUGAAACCGUCAUUCAACUCAUUGUUGUUGCUGUGUCCAACCCAGUGAUCUCCAUCAAUGGAACCAAAGGCAGUGGGGUGGUCCUGAAGUGUGAGGCUAAAAGCUGGUACCCCAAACCCGAGAUGAACUGGCUGGACAGUGAAAGACAGGUCCUCCCUGCUGGGUCCGCUGAGACACACAGGGACACAGAGGGCCUCUACAUUGUGAGACGCCAUGUCACCGUGAACAAGAAUGUCACCAACACGUUCACCUGUAGAGUUCAGCUUCAAAAGUUUAAUUUUACGAGGGAGACAGGGUACAAUGUUCCAGAUGAGAUGUUUCCCACAGUUCCCUGGGUGUGGAUUGCUGUUCCUGUUUUGAUAGUAUGUGUUUGUGGACUUGUGAUUGGUUUCAUGUGGAUAAAAUACCAGAAACUGAGAAAAAAGAUAGACUCUGCAGAUCAACAGAUACAAGAACUCACUGAUGAGUUGGACAGUUCCAGAAUAAAAUCUGAUCAACGUAUAAAAGAGCUCACUGACGAGCUGGGUACACGCGAACAAGAGCUCACUGAACAGCUAGCUAAACUCAAACAAGAGAGGGCUGCACUUGUCUCUUCAGUUGAUAACGGAUGCCAUAGAUUUUCGUUCUCAAGGACGUUAUCAAUGUCACUGUUAAACAAACCACUUAGAAGAAAUACAAUGGCACAUUCAAUGACUGAAAAGGCAGAUGUCAAAGAGGAUGAAGAGACGAACCCGUUACACCAAACGAUCAGAACCGCUUGACGAGGUCGCUAGUUGGGUUAAAGGAAUAGUCCACUCAAACGUAUCUUUAAAAUUUUUUUUUUUAAUUUAAUCCACUGUUGCUGAAUGUUUUCCAUGUCAGCAAUCACGUUUUCAAUACAUAGGACUUUCAAGAUGAUGAUGUCUCCAUGAUCAUAUGCUGCACUUUGCUUCUUUAAAGUGCUAUAUCUUGAAAACCUGACAACUGCAUGCAAACAUUUUUGGGGCUGUAUCAACAUUGGACUAAUGAAACAAAUACCCAUUUUUUAUUUUUUUAUUGGAGCAAUGGUACUAUUUCACACUUUCUAUGUCACACUAAUUUUAUGUCACACUAAUUUUAUGUCACACUAUGUAGCCUCGAGGAAGCCUUUCUUUGGAGAAGGUUCUUCAUUAGGUUCUUUGCUUUCUGAAUGGUUGCAAAAGAAUCGUCUUGCUAGAAGGUUGUGGGUGAAUUCCUGUUUUUACGUUGCACUAUUUCACAUCGCUUGGCCUGUGUUUUUGAUUGUUUUAUUCUACCUGUAUUGCCUCUUUAUGUUCAUGGGUUCUUUUGGGUUCUGUUGGUCAGGAACCUUAAGGGAUGUCAGCAUGUACAGUACAUUCAAUUUUUCCACAUUUUGUUACGUUACAGCCUUAUUCUAAAGUGGAUUAAAUUAAUAAAACAAGCCCUCAUCAAUCUGCACACAAUACCCCAGAAUGACAAAGUGAAAAUAGGUUUUUAGACAUUUUUGCAAAUAUAAAAUACCUAAAACAGAAAUAUCUUAUUUACAGAAGAAUUCAGACCCUUUGCUAUGAGCCUCGAAAUUGAGCCGGUGCAUCCUGUUUCCAUUGAUCAUCCUUGAGAUGUUUCUACAACUUGAUUGGAGUCCACCUGUGGUAAAUUCAAUUGAUUGGACAUGAUUUGGAAAGGCACACGCCUGUCUAUAAGGUCCCACAGUUGACAGUGCAUGUCAGAGCAAAAACCAAGCCAUGAGGUUGAAGGAAUUGUCCAUAGAGUUCCAAGACAGGACUUUGUCAAGGCACAGAUCUGAGGAAAGAGAGACUGAAAAACAGCUUCUAUCUCAAGGCCAUCAGACUGUUAAACAGCCACCACUAACAUUGAGUGGCUGCUGCCAACACACUGUCAUUGACACUGACCCAACUCCAGCCACUUUAAUAAUGGGAAUUGAUGGGAAAUGAUGUAAAUAUAUCACUAGCCACUUUAAACAAUGCUACCUUAUAUAAUGUUACUUACCCUACAUUAUUCAUCUCAUAUGCAUACGUAUAUACCGUACUCUAGAUCAUCGACUGCAUCCUUAUGUCACUAGCCACUUUAACUAUGUCACUUUGUUUACUUUGUCUACAUACUCAUCUCAUAUGUAUAUACUGUACUCGAUACCAUCUACUGUAUGCUGCUCUGUACCAUCACUCAUUCAUAUAUCCUUAUGUACAUAUUCCUUAUCCCCUUACACUGUGUAUAAGACAGUAGUUUUGGAAUUGUUAGUUAGAUUACUUGUUGGUUAUCACUGCAUUGUCGGAACUAGAAGCACAAGCAUUUCGCUACACUCGCAUUAACAUCUGCUAACCAUGUGUAUGUGACAAAUAAAAUUUGAUUUGACAUAAAAAAAAAGGAAGGGUACCAAAACAUUUCUGCAGCAUUGAAGGUCCCCAAGGACACAGUGGCCUCCUUCAUUCUUAAAUGGAAGAAGUUUGGAACCACAGACUCUUCCUAGAGUAGGCUGCCCGGCCAGACUGAGCAAUCGGGGGAGAAGGGUCUUGGUAAGGGAGGUGACCAAGAACCUGAUGGUUACUCUGACAGAGCUCCAGAGUUCCUCUGUGGAGAUGGGAGAACCUUCCAGAAGAACAACCAUCUCUGCAGCACUCCAUCAAUCAGGACUUUAUGGUAGAGUAGCCUGAUGGAAGCCACUCCUCAGUAAAAGGCACAUGACAGCCCUGUUGGAGUUUUCUAAAAGGCACCUAAAGGACUCUCAGACCAUGAGAAACAAGAUUCUCUGGUCUGAUGAAACCAAGAUUGAACUCUUUAGCCUGAAUGCCAAGCGUCACGUCUGGAGGAAACCUGGCACCAUCCCUACGGAGAAGCAUGGUCGUGGCAGCAUCGUGCUGUGGGGAUGUUUUUCAGUAAUAGGGACUGGGAGACUCGUCCAGAUCAAGUGAAAGAUGAACGAAGCAAAAUAGAGAGAGGACCUUGAUGAGGUCCUUGCUCAGGACCUCAGACUGGGGUGAAGGUUCACCUUCCAACAGGACAACGACCCUAAGCACACAGCCAAGACAACGCAGUAGUGGCUUCGGGACAAGUCUCUGAAUGUCCUUGAGUGGCCCAGCCAGAGCCCGGACUGGAACCUGAUCAGACAUCUCUGGAGAGACCUGAAAAUAGCUGUGCAGCAACGCUCCCCAUCCUACCUGACAGAGCUUGAGAGGAUCUGCAGAGAAGAAUGGGAUAAACUCCCCAAAUAUAGGUGUGUUAAUAAGCUUGUAGCAUCAUACCCAAGAAUCAAAUCAAUCAAAUCAAAUGUAUGUAUAAAGCCCUACUUACAUAGCUGAUAUCUCAAAGUCCUGUACAGAAACCCUGCCUAAAACCCCAAACAGCAAGCAAUGCAGGUGUAGAAGCACGGUGGCUAGGAAAAACUCCCUAGAAAGGCCAGAACCUAGGAAGAAACCUAGAGAGGAACCAGGCUAUGAGGGGUGGCCAGUCCUCUUCUGGCUGUGCCGGGUGGCGAUUAUAAAAGAACAUGGCCAAGAUGUUCAAAUGUUCAUAGAUGACCAGCAGGGUCAGAUAAUAAUAAUCACAGUGGUUGUCGAGGGUGCAACAGGUCAGCACCUCAGGAGUAAAUGUCAGUUGGCAAGAAGACUCGAUGCUGUAAUCGCUGCCAAAGGUGCUUCAACAAAGUGCUGAGUAAAGGGUCUGAAUACUUAUGUAAAUGUAAUAUUUCCAUUUACAUAAUACUUAAGUAAAUGUCAUAUUUUUAUUUGUUAUAAAAUUGCACUGCAUAUGACACAACCAGACCCCAUUAUAUGAAGAUUCUAAGGCUGAAUCACUUUUCUGUCAUAUAAUACUGAGUUACUUUUCUGUGAAAUAAUGCUAUUUCUAAUGCUGAAGCACAUGUAUUGGUGGUAUGUCUUUGAUACUUCCAGUGGGAAAAAUGUUUGGAGUCUUAGGCUGAUUUAAUCCAAGGUGCUUUUUAGAGCAGCUACUAGACAGCCUUUAUAAAGGCAAUUUCCUUGGAUUGAAUGCCGACUUUAUUCUCUUAUUAUAUUAUUAUUAUUAGUAUUGUUGCAGUACUAGUACGCCACUAGAUAGCACCUUGUAUUUUUUCUACCCGGAAAUAUAAAUAAUAUUUCAUGAGAGGGUUCUACAAAGCACCACAAAGGGUUCCCCUACAGGGACAAAUCAAAGAACCCUAUUGGUUCUCUAAAAAUGUUUUCUAAGUAGAACCUUUAACCUUUGAAUAACCUUUAUUCAGAUUUGCUAAAGAUCCAAUGCAGAUGUUUUUAUCUCUAUCAAAUUAUUUCUGGGUAACAAUUAAGUACCUUACUGUGAUUAUUUUCAAUUAAAAUGGUCAAAAACAAACAAAAAUAGCUUUUUUAGCAAGCAAAAAUGUAGCUAGGACUGUCUGGGAGUGUUGUGGGGAGGGGAAACUAGCUGUUAUUGGCAGAGAGGUUUAGAACUCUCUUUAUUAUUUGUCUAUUAUCUCAUUUACUGCUUGGUGAUGAUGAUGAUGAUGAUGAUAAUAAUAAUGUUUUAUUGUCACAUACACCGGAUAGGUGCAGUGAAAUGUGGUGUUUUUACAGGGUCAUCCAUAGUAGUGGAACAAAUUAGGGUUAAGUGCCAGGCAGGCCAAACUCUAUCCAGCCAAAACAGGCUGAAAUGCCAGACAGUCUUUUCAAACAGCUCCAACACUAAAAGGGCAUAAGCAUCAUUUUCACAAUUUCACAGUAUUAUUCCAACUUCAUAGUGUGAAAAUAAAUAUAAAACACAGGAAAACAUAUUUGUGACUGCACUGGGCCUUUAACAUACUGAAUAAUCAUUGCUUACAUAGGUUAGACCACCCAGGUCGUAGGUUAUUGCAGUUCAUCAGGGCCAGAGACAUGAAUAUGAACAUGCCAGUUACUAAAGUAGCUAUGUUUACAACACCAGAGGCUGCUGAGGAGGACAGUUCGUGUAAUGGCCGAAACGGAGUGAAUGGAACGUCACCAAACCUAUUGAAACCAUGUGUUUGUCUUUGAUACAUUUCCACCUAUUUCACUCCAGCCAUUACCACAAGCCUGUCCUCCCCAAUUAAGGUGCCACCAACCUCCUGUGGUUUACGAAGAUCCUGUUAUUAUGCAUGUACAAUGUGUGCAAAACAAGACGGCACGAUAAGGGUCUCUACUUAGAACCUUGAUGCUACCUACGGUUCUAAAUAAGGUUACAAAAAGGGUUCCCUUUAUUUUAUAUUUUGUUCUAGAGUGUUCUAGAACUCUACUCACUACCCUGUGCUUUGUUCAAUACAAAUACUAAAGAGUGGGAAUUCUCACUAAACAACACUCAUCAGAUCAAGCACCUGCAGAAAGACUGUACGUAAAGAGUAGCGCAUACAUCUUGGGCUGUUUGUAUAAAAGGUGCUAAUUCAUUUAAGUUUAUGACUUUUUAGUACUGUGUCUGUCCAGUCCCAUUUUGUUUUGUAUAGUCUGUUUUAGCAAGUGUUGCGCUGUGAUAUGUUAAUUCUUGUCACUCUCUCACCCGCUCUCUGGAGACUGAGCUCUCAUAAAUGAGAACUUGUUCUCAACUUGCCUACCUGGUUAAAUAAAGGUGAAAUAAAAAUAAAAAUACCUCAGAACCUCCUGCUGGGUCUGUGGAAGUGAUGUGUCCACAAUAAAAAUUGACAAUCAUUUGAAAA